CGCCCGGACGCUGGGUACUACUACUUCUUGCUCUGCUGCUACCUCCUGGAUUACAGCGGGCAGAGCCAACAAGAAAGCCACUGGGUGGGUGCGUGGGUGAGAGUGGGUGGUGCUCUUCCUUCCCUUGCUUCCCUCCUUGGCAGAAGUGUGUCCAAACCCACAUUGCCGCCGCGCAUUGGACUCCGUGUGGAGAAGAAAGCAUCGCUCUCAUCAGCAGCAGCAUCUUCUUCCUUCUCCUUCCUUCUGAGACCAUCUUUCCAAGAAAGGAUCUCUUGGUGCCCCUCUUGCCUCCAAAUGCCAGCUGAUUGAGAGGUGGAGAGAGCAUGAAGUUGGGCAAGAAGUCGCUCCUUCCGCCUCCUCCUUCCUCAUCACUGGCAUCGCUUCCCCUUCUUCUUCUGCACAGCAGACUCUCCCCGGUGAGACCUUCCUUCUCCUGGAAGCUGUGAAGGGUUUUGUUUUUCUCCUCCUCUCCUUCCACUGUUGUGACUUCCUUGUUAGUUUUUCCACCGGCUUUUUUCCCCCUUCCUUCCAAGUCUGGUCUAUUUGGGAAUGGCAAAGGCAGUGACGCCUGGAAAAGGAACAAGUGUGGGAAAAGGCAGAGGAAACUGGAGCUAAAUGACAGGAUGCGGGAGACUUGAGGAGAUAUAGUAUCAACACAAGGAGAGAGGAGUGUCCUUGGCCACCAACGGGACUCUGGUUGUUGCUGCUGCUGCUACUGAAGAUUUCUUGCAUUUUUUCAAACUGCCUUUACUGGAGGAUUUAAGAUCCAAGCGGGAUUGUGUGCUGAAACAGGGAUACUCUGUUCUCUUCCUUCAGCUCUCAAGGACCAAGAAAGGAAGAUGGAUUGGGGACUCUUCCUGAACUAUGUUGCCCUCACUGCCAGCCUUGGCAGGGCUUUGAAGAGUGAUAAAUGUGGAGAAAAUAUAAAAAUCAUAGAGCCUGGCUAUCUCACGUCUCCUGGCUAUCCUAACACUUAUCAUCCAAGCCAAAAAUGUGAAUGGCUGAUUCAAGCUCCACAACCCUACCAGAGAAUUAUGAUCAACUUCAAUCCUCACUUCGAUUUGGAGGACAGAGAAUGCAAGUACGAUUAUGUUGAAGUGAUUGAUGGAGACAACGCAAAUGGGCGAGUAUGGGGAAAGUUUUGUGGCAAGAUUGCCCCCCCUCCUGUGAUAUCUACAGGACCGCACCUCUUAAUCAAGUUUGUCUCUGAUUACGAAACUCACGGAGCGGGCUUUUCCAUUCGCUAUGAAAUUUUCAAAAGAGGACCAGAAUGCUCCCGGAAUUUUACAUCUAUGAGUGGGGUGAUCAGGUCCCCAGGUUUCCCUGAAAAAUAUCCCAAUAGCCUUGAAUGCACUUACAUUGUUUUUGCACCAAAGAUGUCAGAGAUAAUACUAGAAUUUGAAAGCUUUGAACUGGAGCCGGACUCAAAUCCUCCAGGAGGCGUGUUCUGUCGCUAUGACCGAUUAGAAAUCUGGGAUGGAUUCCCUGAAGUUGGGCCUCACAUAGGCCGAUACUGUGGGCAAAACACACCAGGUCGUAUCCGCUCUUCAACCGGCAUUCUUUCUAUGGUUUUCUACACCGACAGUGCAAUAGCAAAGGAAGGAUUCUCUGCAAACUACACUGCCUUGCAAAACAGUGUAUCAGAAGAUUUCCAGUGCGCCGAACCACUCGGGAUGGAGUCUGGUGAAAUUCAUUCUGACCAAAUCAGUGCCUCUUCCCAGUAUAGCACCAACUGGUCUUCUGAAAGGUCCCGAUUAAAUUACCCUGAAAAUGGAUGGACACCUGGAGAAGACUCCAGCAGAGAAUGGAUACAGGUGGACUUAGGCCUCCUCCGUUUCGUUUCUGCCAUUGGAACCCAAGGAGCCAUUUCAAAAGAAACAAAGAAAAAAUACUUUUUGAAAACAUACCGAGUGGAUAUCAGUUCUAAUGGAGAAGACUGGAUUUCUGUUAAAGAUGGAAACAAUAAACCAUUGGUGUUCAUCGGAAACAUCAAUCCCACUGAUGUCGCUUACAGACCAUUUCCCAAACCAGUCCUGACACGUUUUGUUCGAAUCAAACCUGCAAGCUGGGAAACCGGGAUAUCACUAAGAUUUGAAGUAUAUGGAUGCAAAAUAACAGAUUAUCCUUGCUCUGGCAUGCUGGGUAUGGUGUCAGGUCUAAUAACGGACUCUCAGAUUACUGCUUCAAAUGAAUUUGAAAGAAACUGGAGCCCUGAAAAUGUCCGUCUUAUAACUAGCCGGGUAGGAUGGGCAUUACCCCCUCCUGCCACACACUCUUAUUCAAAGGAAUGGCUCCAAAUAGACCUCGGUGAAGAGAAGAUAGUACGAGGCAUCAUUGUCCAGGGAGGCAAACACAGAGAGAACAAAGUCUUCAUGAGGAAAUUCAAGCUUGGGUACAGCUACAAUGGAUCAGACUGGAAGUGGAUUAUGGAUGCCAGCAAAAAGAAGGCUAAGGUAUUUGAAGGCAACACUAACUAUGAUACUCCUGAACUCCGUACCUUUGAACCUAUAACAACCAGAUUCAUUCGUGUUUAUCCUGAAAGAGCCACCCAUGGUGGAUUGGGACUGAGGAUGGAACUACUGGGCUGUGAAAUUGAAGUACCUACUUCAGUCCCAACCACGGCUGACAGCAACCUUGUGGACGAGUGUGAUGAUGACCAAGCCAACUGCCACAGUGGAACAGGUGAUGACUUCCAGUUGACAGGCAGUACCACAGCUAUGAUCACAGAAAGGUCAACAGCAAUUGACACUACGGUGCAGCCAGAACUCCCAGCCUAUGGUUUCAACUGUGGAUUUGGCUACAGUUCUCAGAAGACAAUUUGCCGUUGGGAGCAUGAUGGCCAACUGGACCUGAGGUGGGCUGUGCUUACCAGCAAAACAGGGCCCAUUCAAGACCACACAGGAGAUGGCAAUUUCAUUUACUCACAAGCUGAUGAAAACCAGAAAGGCAAAGUUGCACGGCUCAUCAGUCCCAUCAUCAACCCGCAGAACUCUGCACUCUGCAUGACUUUUUGGUAUCACAUGUCAGGCCACCAUGUUGGCACGCUAAGAAUCAAACUGCGGUACCAGACACCAAAAGAAUAUGAUCAGGUCUUGUGGACGCUUAGUGGAAAUCAGGGAAAUUUCUGGAAAGAAGGGCGAGUAUUUCUUCAUAAAUCUGCCAAACAUUACCAGGUGAUGGUAGAAGGAGAAAUAGGAAAAGGAACUGGAGGAAUUGCAGUUGAUGACAUUAACUUUGAUGGCCACAUCACCCAGGAGGAAUGCCGAAGAAAUGAAAUAGUCGAAGUAGAGCCAGAUAUUAAUCAAACAGGGUUUACUCCAGAUUACCAUGGAAACGGGGAGCCCUACGAUGACAUCUCCAGAAAGCCAGGUAAUGUCCUCAAGACGCUUGACCCCAUCCUCAUCACCAUUAUCGCCAUGAGUUCGCUUGGAGUACUUCUGGGGGCCAUCUGUGGAGUCAUUCUGUACUGCGCUUGUUGGCACAAUGGGAUGUCGGAUAGGAACUUAUCUGCACUGGAGAACUACAAUUUCGAACUUGUGGAUGGCGUGAAAUUGAAAAAAGACAAACUGAAUGCACAGAAUACUUAUUCAGAGGCAUGAGGAGGAUAUAGCUAAAGAGAUCGUGGAGAAUUGAGAUGGAAGGACAUAUCGCUAGCUUAUGCUGGGGAACUGUGGAUCUUCUUUUACUGUACAGGCUGAAAACUGCGUUGAGGACGCUGAGCCAAGCUUUUCUCAGGAGCUUCAGUGAGUGUAACAGAUGUACUAAAACAUGGACAACAAUCUGUGUUAAACAAUCUGAAUCAUGUACAGUCUACUUCUGUUUCUGUUUUGAUUUGAAAUAAUCAAAUGCUGGUGUUGAGACCAAGUAUGAUUGACUUAAGAGGGGAUGUUUCUUUUCCUAUAUAUUUUUUGUCCUUCCUUCCUUCCCUCCCUUCCCCAAUUUCCUCCCGUCUUGGUUUUGUUGCCUUCCUCCCCACCCUCUGCCCUGUUGUAUAUUUUUGUUAUUAGUAUUAUUAUUAUUAUUAUUUCUUACUGUGCAAAAAUCCAAGAUGCUGUCACAAAGUGUAUUUUGGUGGGGGUCCUUUGGAUGGACAUACUGUCUGUAGCUCAGUGCCCAGAAAAAAUAUCAACGUAACAGCAGCUUAGUGGGUUCCUGAACCUGUAUUUGUGUAUAAUUGCUUGUGUUGUGCAUAGGCAAAGGAGGGUUAGGGUGUUUUUGAAAACAAAACAAAAAAAGUACUGUAGCAUCAGUACUAGUAUAGUGUGUCAGCUCUGUUUAACAAGCAAUACAGUCAGAAUUUUAUUGGUGUUUCUCAAUGUUGUACUAAACCUUGUGCUUGUGAAUUCCAUACAAGAAAUACGUGCCAUCAUCCAGAAACAACCGGCAAACCGAGUGUACUGCCUCUAAUUGUAAGAAAACAAAGCAAAAGUCCUUGGCACUGGCUAGUGUGUGUCCUCUAAGUGCCUUUUUGUUUGUACUGCUUCUCAUUGUGUUAACAUUAACUCCACCUUUGUCUCUCUCCAGUUAAAGUCCUUAUUACUUAGCCUGAGGGCUCACUGACUAACAAGAAAGUAUAUUUUAGUGUAAGUAAACCUUGGGAAGGCAAGGGCUAAGGAAAUUAGCGUGGCUUGAUUCUUCCACUUCCUGUAUUUCAAUUUAAUGUUUCUGGACCAUUUUUGUACAAAGCUGCAAUAUUUCCCCCUUCUCCUUUUAUUGUUCUUUCAUAUAGAAUGUAUUUUCAAAUAUAAUCACUCACUUCCUCUCUCUCUUUCAAGCUCUCUAUCUCUCUCUACUUCUCUCUCAAGUAGAUUGUUGCAUAAGUAUUUGCCAUUGUCAAGGAAAGGAAAAUGCAGCUUUAAUUCGCUGGUAAUGGCAAAAAAUGGAUUUAUUAGAUCUCGCGUUUUGUUUUGUUGGUUUCUUUUCCGUAUUUUAAUUAAGGGAGAUUUCUUAACUGUACACACCAGAGUUGAACUUUGGAUUUCUUGUUAGCAACAUAAAGUGACAGUAUCUUUUCUUUUUCCUUUUGAAAGCCAUGAAAUCGGUCAUUUAAUUCUGUGCAAGGCUUUCAUAUUAAUAGAUAGCAAAAUAUGGUUUUUUUAUUUCGCAAAACAAAGAAUGUCUCUUGCCAUCUACUAGCCAUGCUAUCCAAUGUAAGAGUGGUUAUCUCAAUGUAGGACAUGUUCACCUUAAUUCGAGUUACACUGAUGCUGCUACCAGUGGUGCUGUGUUGGCUUGGUCAGCAAUGGAUAAGGUAAAAAUCAAUAAAUCAAUGUAUAACAUAUUAAUACGAAACUGGGUUAAAAUAUUACAGAUUAAAAACCCAUAACAUUGUAAAGAAUGUACAAGCCCAGUCAAAAUCAGAUCACACUGUGUAGAACAUUUAUAUUUCUCUUUCUUUUUCAGACACAGAUUGUGUGAUACUGUAAAUGGGCAUCUAUAUCAAGAAAGCAACAAUGGAUGCAAUGCAUUUAGGAAUUUUAAGUAUUCUCCAAAAUAUGUAAUUGAGUUUUUAAAUGACAACUGGGAGUUAAGUAAUCAUCAAGUGAUUUUGUCCUUUUCAGUUUAACGGCAAUGGAAAUUAUUUCUAUCAAAUGUGCCCUUACGUGGUGAGAGUUGGGAGCCAUCAAAUCAAAAUGAAGCUAUAAAAGCUGGACUUAACUCAGAUUUACAAAAAACUAACCAACAGAAUUCAAGGCUAAACAUUUACCACAAGGGAAAAGUAUUGUAUACAUCAGAUUUAAUUCCUAAAUGCAUUAUCCAAAUUACAUGGGUUGAAACACUCUGCUAAUUAAUUAUUCCAAAGAGAAGAUCCAGCUCAAAAAAAUUUCAUCUUCACUUGGAUCAUUUAAUGUUUAGUUGCGUAAUUAUCAGCUUUGCCUUAACAAUGGUUAUCACAUGGGCAUCUUAAGAUCAACGACUUAAAAGCAUGCGAAUAUCAUUUAAGAAGUGGAGCUUGCCAUACAUAAAAGCUUGUCUCUGGCAGAACUCCAGAAGCAAUGGGCAAUCACGGUUCUUGAAAAUGAAAAUGGACUUGUUCACAAGUUCUCUACAGAGUCCUUUUGGCAGAGCGACGUCUGUUUUGGCUGGUAGCAGUUCUCUGUGAUGUCAAACAAAGAGGUCAUUUCUGAUUCUACUAGAGAUGUAAAAGACUGAUCCUGGGACCUUUUGCAUGCAGAGCAUGUAAUCUACCAUUGAACUUCUCAUCACUCAGCCCUCUAACUCUAGAUAACUUUCAGUAGUCUGUGAACUGUCGCCUUGCAGCAUUAUUGUGCUUGAGCUGAUGCUGAUUAUAUGAAAGCUUUGUUUUGUUAUAGCUCAUUCACACACGUUAAAAAUUACUAGUUGAUACAAAGCAACAGACAAUUAAUACGCAAGUGUGAACUACUGCCAGUCCAGUAGAGUACAACCUGUACUAUUAUUCAAUGCUUAUUCAGUGCAAGAAGCCAGAGGUGACAUCUUCACUGUACCAGGGUAUCUAACACAAGGAGAUGAUGUUGGAUUCCACCCAGCAUCAACCCUAGAUGACAUGAUGAAUCUUAAGUUAUGAGGGGAGUUGUCAUUCAAUAUCUGAAGACCACAGGUUCCUUGCCCCUGGCCUCACCGUCCAAUCCUCUGCAUAUUUACUCAAAAGUAAGUUCUGCUCUGCUCAGUGGGACUUAAGUCUAAGGAAGCACACAGGGCUACCAAAUGCUUUUAAACAAUGUUGUUUGGACCUUUAUAUGUACUACCAUGAACAGCUUUCAUAGGACAUCAUGGAACAUGAUAGUGUGAAUCUCUUCCCUCACCUCCCUGUUUGAAAACAAAUGCUUCCAUUCCUAGAAGGCUAACUACACUUGGUCCAGCCUACCUCCACACACAUUUCAAUUUGUUGAAAUUGAUGUGGGUUUAGCUAUUUAUUUUGUUCUAGUUGGUUUGGGAUUGAAUCCAACCAUCUCCACCCCAUAUCGCCUUAAUUUGUUUCUCUGUGUGCCAGUUGCACACAAAUAAAACUUUCUUCAUCCUGGACUUAACUCCAGAAGCAGAAGGUCAGUUCUUCUGGGUUUUCCUGGAAAGGAUUAACCUCUCGUCUUUCUUUUUUCUACUUAGAGACAGAGAUUGUUCCUUUUUUUAAAUAGUUACAUUGACCCAUGGAUAAGUUGAUCCAGGAUUCGGGGUGUACCUUUUGACUAAAAUCUCUAGACAUAUACACAAUAAUGUGCCCCAUGGCAGCUAGCAUCUUCCAUGUCAAUUGUUCGAUGAAUCCUUUUGGGGUUUAGUCUGGACCAGUGGUUCUCAACCUGGAGUCCCCAGAUGUUUUUGGCCUUCUGUCCUGCUAGCAUGGAAGCCAGCAAUCAUCACAACCUGAGUGUAACGAAGUACUAACUGCAUGGGAAGAGUAAGACAAUCCAUUCUUAUACUCAGCCUCAACCUCCAAGCCUGCUACCUUCAUAUGUCUAUCUCUAGCUGGAAGUUAUGGGAGUUGUAGUCAAACACACCCAGGAGAAGUGAGUUAGGGAUUUCUGCAGUGUCUGUCAAACACUAGAGCAGAGACUGAAGAACCUAUUUGUUCAAAUAGGAGUUGAAUCAAAACUGCCCUUCAACAAAGGAAAAGUGAUACUGCAACGUUAAAUGAAAAAAGUUAUCUUGCACUGAUAAAUAUAUUUAAAAGUUAUAUGUUUAUAAAGUUAUUAAUUUGUAAAGGCAGUGUUACAAAAUGUUCAGUUUAUAUUGUUUUAGAUUGUUUCAUAAUUUUGAAAGUGUAAAAUAACGUAUUUUUUUCUUUAUAAAAAAAAUCCUAUAAAAAUCUUCUGUAGUGAAAGGUUUUCAUUUUACUGGUAUGUUAUUGCUUCAUGUUUUGUAUCAUUAUAAAACUUUGUGCAAAUUUUUUUACAGAAAUUUUUUAUUUUCUAUGACAAUAUGACACUUUUAAAUUGUUAUUUCAAAAAUGAACAGCAAAGCCUUAACUUUAAAUGACGUUUGUAUUCUCGGACACUGAGUAGCAUUAAAAACAAGCAAACAUAGGAUUGAAUUGUAAUUUAAAUUUCCAGACAAUGACUACUACAUUCCAAAGAAACAGUUGAAUUAAACAUUUUCAUAAAAUA